UCAAAAGACUCUGUUCAAAUUCUGAAAUAUAACUGGUGCUAGAGACGAGAAGAACUUUUUUAACUCGGAGUGACAGUGUUUAUUAAUAUGUAUCUUAUGAUCCCAUGCAGGUGCUUACAAAAAGCCUUCAAAGGGGGGUUGCACUUUCAACAGGGUCCUUUUUGGUUUAUGAAGCUCACAAGCUGAUUUCUGGCUUUGCUGAGGUUCAUGCAAGCUUCAAAGUGGAAGAAGUUAUAGAGCAAGCAGACUACCUGUAUGGGAGUGGAGAAACAGAAAAGCUGUAUCAGUUGUUGGUUCAACAUAAAAACAGUGAUGACGCAGAGUUGUUAUGGCGGCUGGCGCGGGCAUCACGAGAUCUAGCUCAGCUUAGUAGUACUUCUGCAGAGGAGAAAAGACAACUGGCGUAUGAAGCCCUUGAGUAUACAAAAAAGGCACUUGAAAAAAAUGAAUCAAAUUUUGCAGCACACAAGUGGUAUGGAAUUUGCCUUAGUGAUGUUGGAGAUUUUGAAGGAAUCAAGACUAAAAUUGGAAAUGCCAUUGUUAUCAAAGAGCACUUCCAGAGAGCCAUUGAACUGAAUCCAAAAGAUGCUACAACAAUUCAUCUUAUAGGCAUUUGGUGUUACUCCUUUGCCGAAAUGCCAUGGUACCAAAGAAAAAUAGCUGCUACACUAUUUGCCACACCACCGACCUCCACAUUUCAAGAGGCUCUUCAUUACUUCCACAUGGCAGAGGAAGCUGACCCAAAUUUCUACAGCAAAAAUUUGCUCUUUUUGGGAAAGACAUACUUGAAGUUAAACAAUAAAAAGAUGGCUCUUCUGUGGUUAAGUAAGGCAAAGGAGUAUCCUGCACAUACAGAAGAGGACAAACAGGUGUUUGACCUCCAAUUCAUUUAGCAUGAAGCUGCAGCAUGAGAUACUUUAACUGUUAGAGAAAGCAUCAGAAUGUGUUGUGACAUUCUGAAUGUCCUAAUUGCAAGAAAUAGUUUGGUAAGAUUUUGCACUUCACACCUCAGAAAAAACACUACUGAGGUUUGCCUCCAUAGAUUCUUCAGUAAGGCUCGAACUGUUUCUCCCAAGUGAGCUCCUUCAGUAACACCUUUCAAUAGAAAUACAACUAAAGGUUCUGUCCCUCCACUGUUUUGCAAAGUGUAUAGGAAUUUAAUAGCCUGAAGGAGUAGUGGUCUCGGCAUGUAGGAAAUUAGUUAAAUCUUCUAACGGUUACUAGUAGUUGGAGGCACACAGGAAACCAGUGAUCACAAAAGCUUGCCUUUCUUUAGAAACAAUGCAAAAGGAGUCAGUAGCAAUUUUUGUGCAGUAGCCAAGUUGUUAAACCGCUUAUCUGCUUGCAGCAGUGCUUGGCCUCCUGGUACAAAUAUCUUUCCUUAUCUCCUGGAAACGUGCAGAGCUGCUGACCUGAGAGAGGUGGUAUUCUCUCCAUUCUCUGGGUGCAUGUGUAAAAUGCAAAAUUAAUUGGGAACUAGACUUGGUAGUCCAGUAAGAAGGAACCUGGCCUUUGCAAAGAAAUUGGAAUUCUUGUCUGUGCAUUUGGCAGAGGUAGGCAUAAGUAGGUUUUCUGAACAUGUUACCUCUUGAGUAUCUGCAGUAUCUGGCUUACAUUGUCUGCACUGCUUGCUGUCAGGACCAGAAGUUUGUUGGUUUUUUGUUUUGGUUUGGGGGUUUUUCUAAUAUAGAUGAUAGAGGUCAUGUCCAAAUGUUAUUAGAUUUUACCCAAAAUCCCUAGGCAAAGGGAGCCUCAGAAACAGUCUUCUCAGACUCCCUUAGCCACUGUCCAGAGUUUUGAAAACCCUAGUUUGGCUGGUUAUGGUCAGAUACAGGACAACUUACUACAUGCUACUAUUGGACUACAGCAGAUCAAGAGCUAAUCAUCUGUAUUCAACACAAACUUACUACAUAUAGUAAGUGAAUUACACUGAAGGCACUGGCAUCUAUGUUUCAAGUACUGAGCAUCUUGAGCUACAGAAGAAAAAUGACUAGUCUUAGGAGGGUUCUGAAUUUACAGAACUGUGGUGAAAUGUUUGAGUGCUUGUAUGCUAAGUUCUGCUAGAAGAGCCUGUAACUAGCUGGCACUGUUUUGUUUUGAGUAUAUUUAUUUCUUUCAGGUACAGAAAGAAGCUUUGGAGUUGCUUAAUUCUAUAUAACAAGAAACAAGAUAAUGGGAAUUCAGUGCCUCAGGUUUCAGCAGCACAGGAAAAAGACCCCAAAUACUACUUUGGUUUAUUGAAGCUGUUAAUAAAAGUAUAGCUUAAACCUGCUGUCUCCAUUUUGUUUCAAUUAAACUGUCAGCUAGAUCUGUUUCAUUAUGUGAUCCUGUCUGUUGAUUUACAUGGGAAUUUUUUUACACUGUUCAGCUGCAAGUUAUGUAUGAGGAAUAAGCAUAACUUUAAAGAAAGGAGGUGCA